AUGGACACCAUGAUCCCACAACGCCCCCUCCCAUCAAAAGAUGCCCUCAAACAAUUCUACCUGCAUAAAACCCUCGCUGAAAUCCCUAAGCCCGCCGCCGUCCUAGACCUAGCCAUCAUCAAACGCCACUGUAACUCAAUGCUCCAAACAAUCCAAACCCUGGGCGUAGGCUUUCGAGCCCACGUCAAAAGUCACAAAUCUAAAGGCCACAAAGUGAACAUCCUGUAUGGAAUCCCACUCGUCCCAUCCCAGGUUUCCCGGUUGGCCCUUGCAGCGGCAGAGCUUGGGCCGGACAGCGUCUCGGUGAUGAUUGAUCACCCCGACCAAAUCAAGUUUCUGGAUACCUUUGCCCGGAUUACGGGGUUCGCAGCGGGGGUGUUUCUCAAGGUUGAUUGUGGGUAUCAUCGGGCUGGGUUGCCGCCGAGGGCGAUGGACAAGGGGGGUUUAUUUUCGAAACUUGGGGAAAUGGAGAAGACGGGAGCGGGGAGAUUGGUCGGGAUUUACUCGCAUAGUAGUUUGAGUUAUGGGGGACGGAGUAAGGGGGAUGCACUCAGGCAUUUGAGGGGGGAGGUUGAGGCUUGUUUACUUGCGUUGGAUUCCUAUGCGGGGGUUUUGCCCGUGGAUAGGGAGUUGAUUGUUAGUGUGGGUGCAACACCGCAGGUUGUUGCUGCAGAGUCUGUGGCUGAGGGGGAUGAUGCUGAGUUUGAGGAGCUGAAGAAGUUUUUGAAGGAGCCGGACACGGGGGCGUUUAAGGGACGGGUUAGAGUUGAGUUGCAUGCGGGCAAUUACCCGUUGCUGGAUAUGCAGCAGAUGAGUACGAAUGCGGGGGGUGUACGGGAAAAGUUCUUUGAUGAGGUAGGUGUUUGUGUGGUGGCCGAGACUUGCAGUGUGUAUAAUGAUGGGGAGCGUGAGUAUCCGGAGGCCUUGGUUGCUGUGGGCACUUUGGGGAUGGGGCGGGAGCCUGUCCGAGUUAUAAAGGAUGGGGGGUUUCAGGAGCACAGUAUUCUGAGGUGGGAGUCGGAGGAUGUUGCAAAGAAGAUCCCACUGGGUGUUGGUCAGACUGUCAAGAUUUAUCCCAACCAUGCGUGCAUAACGGGUGCGAUGUACGGGUGGUACUUGGUGGUUGACUCGAGCAGUGACCCCGAUUCUACAAAGAUAGUUGAUGUCUGGGUUAGGUGGUUGGGAUGGUAA